UUCCGUUAUCCGGCGGGCGCGUGCAAUUGCCUAUUCCCGAUAUAUACCCGAGACGGGUUUUCGCGUGCGAAUAGCCUACGAUUGUGUACAGUCGUGUGUUGGCUCCGGUGGCGAUGAGAUAUCUCGGGAGGAGAUCCAUAGAUGAGCUGCAAGUUGAGAUUACAAAAAAAUGUCUUUAAACACCUCUAAUAUACGAUGUCCAAGAAGAAUGCCUCACUUGUGUAUAUCUUCGAUAAUGAAAUGCUAUUUCAAUAAAAUAUUUCAUUUAUCGAUUGCACACAGACGAGAUCAUUCAUGGGGAAUUAGAUGGAUUUUUGUUGUCUUAAAUUGCUUGUUCUUGAUGGUAAAUGCGCAGCAAGUCAAAACAUGCUCACCUGGACUAGAAACAGCAGGAUGGACGGUGCCAGAAGGUGACAUAUUUGUCAAACAUGGCGACAACCUACAAAUUUGGUGUAAUUUAAAUGAAACGUUUGUUGCUAAAGAAUAUCCAGGUUCAAACUCUUCGAAUAUCUUCUUCAUUCGCGAUAAUACAACAGUAGAGCAGAAAUUCGUUACUAUAAUCAAUAAAACAACAGCACUGUUGACCAUUGAAUCACCACCAGCUGGCUGGUAUACGUAUUCUUGCGAUUUGGACAUAGCCGGUGACAAAGACGCAGCUGUUUGCCUCAAUAUAGUUUUUGUUGCAUAUGAGCCUCAAGUGCCAAGCAACUUUACUUGUAGAUCUUAUAAUUGGGAAAAUAUAACAUGUACAUGGGAGGUAUCAAAAAAUUAUAUCCCAACAACCCACAAAUUAUUUUUUAAAAUGCACGGAGCAAGAGGGCGAAAACUUUUUCCUUGUCCUACAGCAAAAGCGAAGAAUGAUUCUUGCACUUGGACUCAAUAUACAAAUCCGAUAUAUAGGCAAACAUACGAAAACUUUACGUUCGUAAUGCAGAUUCAAAAUAUGUUUGGCAACAAAACUGUCAUAUAUAAAAUUGAUCAUUAUGCUAUAGUUAUUCCUGCAAAACCUACGCUUCUGUCGGUGACCAACAAAACAUCGGAUAGUGCAACAUUAUGUUGGGAAUGCCGCUUUCCGAUGAAGAGCUUUCCUCCCGGUUUAACUCAUAAAGUUAUGUACCAGAAUCAAUGGGAUCAUAAAAAAAAUUGGAAGGUUAUCAAUAUUGAUACGGAGCCUCAUUUGCAUAAGAGAUGUUCCACUCUUACUGGAUUGUACCCUAAUACCGCGUAUGAUGCACGCGUUUACUUAAGAAGCGCCAAGGCCGUAGAAGAGGAUAUGUAUAGCGAGCCCGCAGUUAUUAUUUUCAGGACAUCCCCAACGUUACCUAGCUUUCCACCGCGAACCGAUAUUGGUAGUUUCGAAAUUGUUGAGAACAAUGGAAACAGGGACAUAUAUUUAUAUUGGCAAAUGAUACAACAAUACUACGAGAAUGGUAAUAAAUUUAAGUAUCAGGUUAAUCAUGUGGAAGAAAAUGACCAUAAAAUAGUUCUCGAACCGAUCGAGAUGACCAAGACGUAUGCCAAGUUUAAGGGACUCAGCUUUAAUAAAUACCGGUUUAAGAUUGUCUCGGAGAAUGAAGCCGGUAUUAACAAGAAUUAUACGGAAAUUAUUGUACCUAGUCGAGAUGAGAUGCCACGUGAACCGAUAGCGUUCACGAGAAUGGCUUUCGAAAAUGGACUCUACGAAUUGUCUUGGAAGCCGCCGAUCUUGCAUAAAGAUAUCACGAAUUAUACUAUCUUUUGGUGCGACAACGAGCGCGAUCGUCCUUAUCAAUGCACAGGUUACUUGAACUGGACACAUGUAUCCAUGAAUACUACAGUCUAUAACAUAACCGUACCAGAUUCGAGCAAAAUAUAUCAAUUCGCGAUUUCCGCAAAUACGAAUAAAGGCAGCAGCGGUAUGAUAUGGUCAUAUUGCACGGUGAUUCAUUCGAAAGCGCUCGGCAAAAUGAAAUCCAUAUGGAUUAAUCGUAUCGGAUCGGAUUUUAUCGAUGUCGGAUGGAAGCUUGAGUGUUCAGAUCGCAUUGGGAGCGUCGAAGAAAUGAAGAUUUACUACUGUCCUAUUGUGUCACCGUUAAAUGCCAAAUGCAAGGAACCCAAACGUAACGUCACCGUCAAAUCCUACCCACCUAUCAUAAAAGGCAUUGUCAAAAACUUGACGCCUUACACUACGUAUAUGCUCGAAGUCACGACAGUGACCAAGAAUGGUGAGAGUCAACCUAGUGAGUCCUUAUAUAACACUACUCUCGAGGCGGCACCCAGUUCUUCGCCUUUGAACGUAAAAGCCAUUAAUGUUACCAACACGACGAUGUUUAUCACAUGGCAACCACCGGAGGCGAUGAACGGCGUACUCAGAUACUACGAAGUAUACUAUAAUGGUUUCAUGAAAAAAGUGGAAGAAGGGAAUGAUACUAAACUGACGAAUUUGUUGGCGUAUACGAAAUACACCAUUAGCGUUACCGCUUGUACUGUGGCAUGCAGUGAAAAAUCACCUAUGAUAACAACAUAUACGGAAAUUGGUAUCCCCGGUAAGAUUAGUAUACCGAAAGUGCACUUUAUGAACUCCAGCCAAGUGCGCGUCAGAUGGAAUCCUCCAGAACAUCCUGCCGGUCCGAUAAAUCUAGCUUAUUAUGAGAUAGAGGCUACCAGUGGCGAAAUUCAGAAUGUUACUAAUAGGGAAGCGCAACUAUCCAUUCCUGAUUGCAAGACUGAUGGAAAACUGUACAAAUUUCGAGUUAGAGCCAUUAAUAUCAAUUCCAACAAUGAACGUUUAACGGGACCUUGGUCCGAAACGGGAGAGGGUAAUUGUUACAGUAAUGGAUUAUCACGAUUUCUGAUAAUAGUAAUAAGCGUUAUUGGAUUUAUCCUCGUCGUAGUAUCUGUUUUGGGCCUCGCAUAUUAUAUAAAAAGAUGGUGGUUAAAAAUUCAAGAUAUGCAAAAUAUUAACGUAAAAUUACCGCCUGGUCUCACUUCAAAUAUGAAACUAUUGCACAAGGAUGGCGAACCACAUAAACGACAGCCAUCUGCUGAUUCGAGCGGCUGUUCAAGUGGCCAAGAAUCUGUCACUUCAUCGGUCACAACGACCGAAUUUCAAAUUUCCAGCGACAGCGGUACAGAGAUAGAUCCAGUACCCGUGUCGUUCGGCAAGACUGCGUCAACUUGGGAAUCAAAUUCUAUCAGUGUACGACAAAGAAGUCUUUCACGAGGACCGGAGACUACAUCCUGCCGGGAGUCAUAUAUCCCAGUUAAGACUGGUGAUCCAAAUAUCAAUGAGAAUAUAUCUCUAACGCGAUCAACUCCAAAUCUGACGGAUAGUACGGGCAACACAACGACACUGCAAACAUGGCCUAGUACCGGUUAUAUGAGCAUGUUAUCUUCCGAAAAUUUGUUGGAUAAUCCGAGCCCUAUGUCUCGGGAAAACACUAUGGUCAACACCACUGGCUCUUACAGUCUCAUUGGUAUACGAACACCUAUGCAAACCACAUCUGACGAAGACGGUGACGAUGGUAUAGACAGUGCGAAAACUGUACACGAUACCUUGAUAUCGGUCAAAACAGGAGUGAACCUCGCGCAUAAUUCGUAUUUGCCUUUUGUCAUGAGAAAGGAAGUGCCGAAAACCCUUGAUACUUUCAAUUUGAACACAUUUGUCAAACCGGAUAAGUUCGAAGAAGAUGCAUUGAUAUCGCAUCUUACUGCUUCCGACAAGACGACAUCCAAGCCGUUCUUUCAACCUAAUCUGAUGAAUACAGUGCAUGAACCACUCGCUUUGUGGAGUCCGAUCGAGCAGUCCGGGAAGAAUAAUAUUCGCAGCUUUCCUGUAUCGACAUCACCUACGAAUUCCUGCAACAAGUCGUUUGUAUCGCCAUUCAUGAAUCCGACAUUACCGAUCUCGUCAAUCGACACCACUUCGACCCCGUUAACCGAUACUAUCUCGACAAACUCGCAUAUUAGCGAUCCAAAAUCGACGCCCUCUGAGACAUCAAGAUUGCUGACUCAGGAGAAGAAUAAAGACACUUUGAAGUCACAAAAAUUAUCUCAUGUUUCGCACAAUUCCGCGCCAAGUGAAAGUUUUUCGAAACCAUCUGUGCUCGCGAGUUUUGUGCCUCAAAUGCUACAACAACAAGAGAAAAUAGAACUUCCACCCUCCAACGUAAUAGAGGAUGUUAAAGAGAGGGAAAUCGAAAAAGAUUCCGCAACGUAUCUUCCUCUACCUUGGGAUGCGACGACGAAAGAUACGAAUGAACGAAGUAUACAACUAAAGGUAAAGCAGAACUCCGGUUAUGUUGUUCUUUCCGAUCUCCAGCUCUCCAAUUCUACAAUACAGCAAAAACCGACAACUAACCAGUCGGAUGAGCAGUACAGUAAAGUGACAGUUGUACCGAAUACGAUGCAGUGAAAGAAGGAGAAAAACACACUUUUCAGCGUGUCAUCAUCUUUUUCUUAUGAAGAUGAUUUCAUCAAUUGCAUAGGCAAACGAAAUAAGUUAAAGUAAAAUGAGUAUUAAGAUAAGUUUUAAAAUAAGAUCUUGUGUGUGCAUACAUGUGAUUGGUACGAUAAUAGAAGACUGCAUGUGUGUUAAACGCGGAUAGCAACGACGUUUUUAACCAUAAAAGAAGAAAGGAUAUCAAAAAAAUGAAAUCUUUAAUGCAAUCCAAAGAUAUUUUUAUUUGAAGGAAGUUCAAUCCUCUGUAGAUUCGUAAUUUUGUUGUUCUAUUCUUGCGUCGAGAUCGAGAUUAAUGAAGAACAAGAUAUAAUCAAAUGAAAAAGCACAUUGGCUUGGGAUCAUAGGAAAUUCAUUUCUCGUUAAAAAGAUUAAUAAACUUACGUUUGAGAAAAUUCUUCUUUAAACACUUAUUCUAAAACAGGAUUUUAUACGUCAAAGUACAUAAGAAAUAAUAAAAUGCACAAGAAAUAUACGCUAUCUAUAGAGUGUUUUAAAAGUAAUUUCAAGAUA